CGCGUUUCGGCCCGCAUGUCCAGUGAAUCCCAGACUUCUGCUGUAACUGCUCAAGUACUUCGAAAAAGGAAUAGUAUAGUUUGUGAAACAACAUCCGAUGUUCUUCUAUCAGCAAAAACAAGUGAUGCAUCUGUUCAAAUCCAGCCAGGAGAUGUAUAUAUUUACAAGAAAGGACAAGGCAUACCUUAUUAUGGCAAAAGAACUACUAGAGCUCUUCUCAACCAUUUGUUCAAGGUGAAUGGAACUCAAAUGAAUGUGAUAACAGGAAAAAUUGAUAAAAUUGCUUUUGAUACAGUUGAAGAAUUGAAAGUUGUAGGAUUUUUCAUGCAAGGAACUCCUGAUUAUCAAGCUUUUGAAGAUGUAGCUGCUCGACUUAGUCCAUCUGUUCGUUUUUAUGUGACUUUUGACCGACUGGUAGCUAAGCAUUUAAAACUGAGCACAGUUGGACAAAUUCAUUUGGUGAAGCCUUUCAAUAAAAUACCUGUUCCUUGUCCUCAUAAUCCAGCAACAGUAGCAGAUAUAGAAGCAUUUAUCAGAGUAAACAGAGGAUCCCUUCUUUCUAAGAUUAAUGAGCAAAACCUCUAUGACCCAUCGCUGAUUGAUCCAAGUAAGAUAUUAGUUUUGGCAGUUGGUGAAGAAACUUCAUCAUUAGGUGGAUAUUUCUAUCGCUUAGUCACGAAGUUGGUGAGAAAUAAUACAGACAAUGCAGAGUUUGAAAAACUCAAUAUAAUUUGGAUUGAACCUCAGAUAUUUCCAACUAUUCAUUUGGUUAUGGAUGAAUUAGAAACUACUCUUGGCAUUCCAAAUAAACUGCCUGCAUUUGGAGCUUUGAAUGUGACAACAGUAAGUUUUAAAAAAUUUAAUUUAAAAAAAAUAUUGUGA